ACUGAGGACCCGGCUCAACGCGAGCUUUGUUUCACAGCAGCCUGAGAAAAUUCCUUUCAUGUUACGUUCCACUGUGACCGGACUGAUCUGAGUUAAGAGGGCUUAAAGGGCUGACCGAAAACACUAGAUACCUCCACACUAGCAGCGAGGCACGGUCUGGUGCCUGUGGAGCGAGUCUGGGUGAUGGUGACUGUGAGCACAGUCGUGAAGUCUUUGGGCCUGCUUGUCGCAGAGCUCGUCAGCUCCAUCACCGACUGGUUCCAGACCAAACCGGAAUGGGCCAACCUAGAAGUACUGGAGGACACGGAGCUGAAGACCACCGGAGGCGUCCAUGAACGACACAAGGCCAGAACUCUGUGGGAGAAGACUGGAGCUGUGGUUAUGGUCGUACGGCGACCAGGAUGAUUAUUGUGCAGAGAGGAGGCUGCUGAGCUGUCCUCUCUCAAGUCCCAGCUGCAGGACCUUGAAGUCCCUCUUUUUGCCGUGGUGAAAGAAAACAUCGGCAAGGAGCUGGACUGCUUCAAGAAGUACUUCUCUGGGAAGGUCUACGUGGAUCAGCAGAGAAACUUCUACGGCCCUCAAAAGCGAUGGAUGUUUCUCUCCGUGUUCCUGCGUAUUGGCGUGUGGAGGAACCUCUGGCGGGCCUAUCGGAGGGGCUUCAGGGGGAACCUGAGAGGUGAAGGACUUGUCCUGGGUGGAGUCUUCGUCAUCGGACCAAGAGAUCAGGGUAUUCUACUGGAGCACCACGAGAAGGAGUUUGGGGAUAAGGUGAAUAUGCUGGCAGUACUCAGAACAGCCCGGAACAUGCGAGACAACGUGGCAAGAUAAGAUGUGUAAGCACGGGUUGUCAGCGUGUGACGAGUGUGAGCGUUUCCACAUGCCAUGUCUUUCAGUCUAAGCCGGGAUUUCCCCCCUGCACCAUCAAACAUGUAGUACUCAUAUUGCAAGGGGGUGUGUGUUAAGCAACGCAACAACUCACCGCUCCAGAUGUUCAUUUGCCCACUGUCUGCAUUUCUGGUGUUGGUCGUGUGAUGCUCCGCUGUGUGUUUUAAUGAAGAUCUGUUUCUGAAACUCUGCUGAGAGAACAGCUCCGAUGCCUGCACACACACACACACACACACAUGCGACACUCGAAACAAGACAGCGUUGGCCUGACACGAUGGAGAAAUAAACCACUGAAGUGAUCAAGUGCUUUUUCUGUUUGACAUCUAACAAUACAACAAUAAACAACUCAUGCUCGA